AUGGAUCCUGAACGAGCUAAUAUAGAUGAAGUAGAAAGUAAUGCGCCUGCUUCCGCAGAAGGGACGGCGCCACUAGAUGUUAAUGUUAGUGAAAGACCUGCAUCAGAUAGACAGGGAGGAGGAGCUAGAGAAGCCUUCUUCCAAGCCAUGACUGAUUGGUUUGCCGAGUUCGUUCGUAUAGUUAUCAGGGAGAGACCACCUGUUGAUAAGAUUAGGAAGCAAGGGGCUGAAGAAUUUCGGGCUACCAAAGAUGAUGAUGCGGAAAAAGCAGAAUUCUGGCUUGAGAAUACAAUCAGGGUUUUUGAAGAAUUAUCUUGUACUCCGGAAGAAUGUAUAAAGUGUGUUGUUUCACUUCUUCGAGAUUCAGCUUACCAUUGGUGGAAGACCCUCGUGUCAAUAGUACCGAGUGAGAGGGUUACCUGGGAUUUCUUUCAGGAGGAGUUCCGAAAGAAGUACAUCAGCCAGAGAUUUAUAGAUCAGAAAAGGAAGGAGUUUCUUGAGCUAAAACAAGGUAAAAUGUCUGUGACUGAAUAUGAACGCAAAUUUGUCAGACUUAGUAAGUAUGCUCGGGAAUUUGUAUCCACUGAAGCUAACAUGUGCAAGAGAUUUGAAGAUGGGCUUAAUGAUGACAUCCGACUAUCAGUGGGGGUAUUGGAAAUCAGAGAGUUUGUUGUUCUAGUAGAAAGAGCUUGUAAAGUAGAAGACUUGUUAAAAGAAAAAGAGAAGAGCAAAGCUGAAGCUGGAGCGCAGGAUACAAAGAAGAGGCAAAUGAGUAAAUCAUUUCAGUCUACAUCUAAGAGGCCUAGGGAGCUCUCUAGCGGAUCAUAUUUUCCACUAGAUAUCCCGGCCGCAGGGUAG